CCUUAUUAUCAGAGAAUUUUCUUUUACUAUUCAAGUCUCUCAUGUCACCCAAAAAAAUGUCUCAAAAGAUGUUUGCUUACAGGCUACUUAGCCGCACACCCAAAAAUUCCAUCUUCUCCACCAUUUCAUUUGCAGCCAUAUUGUUUCUCCUCUAUGCUGACAGCAUCGUUUCCAAUCUUUCCAUAACUACUACUUUUGACUUCGAAACCAAUGAAAUUAUUGAUCCCCAUGAGACUGAUCACAAUAACCAAGAACAACCAGCACUUGAGUUUGAGUCCACUACUCUAAAUACCACAGCGCCAUUAAUUCCAACACAAGAGAAAGUUGUUGAAGAAGAAGAUUCUGAGACUCAGGACCCUCUUAUUCCACCGGACAAUGUUUCAAAAGAAGAAAGACUGGUGUGGUUCCGAAGAAAGUUACCGGAGCUAGAGAUACUCAAGUCCAACAACUUGACACGCCAAUUUCAUAGUCGGGUUUUGGAAUUCUUUAAUAGUGGCUGUGAGGCACAAUUCUUCAUGACUUGGAUUGCACCAGCAAGGUUUUUUGGAAGAAGAGAAUUCUUGGCCUUGGAAAGCCUUUUCAAAGCACACCCGACUGGAUGUUUGAUGAUUUUAUCAAGAAGUUUGGACUCUAUAACAGGGUACAGGAUUCUAAAACCUCUAGUAGAUAGAGGAUUCAAAGUUAAACCAGUGACCCCGGACUUGGCAUUUCUAUUCAAGAAUACCCCAGCUGAGGCUUGGUUUAAGGAGAUGAAAAGUGGGAACAAGGACCCUGGUCAGAUUCCAAUAGCUCAGAAUUUAUCCAAUUUGAUGAGGCUUGUAGUAUUGUACAAGUAUGGUGGGGUUUACUUGGAUACAGAUUUUAUUGUUCUAAAGCCUUUUAGUGGGUUGAAGAACUUGAUUGGUGCACAAAGUAUAAAUAUGGAAUCUAAGAACUGGACCAGGUUGAACAAUGCAGUUUUAAUCUUUGAAGUGAAUCAUCCACUUCUGCUCAAGUUCAUCGAGGAAUUUGCUUCGACUUUUGAUGGAAAUAAGUGGGAUCACAAUGGUCCCUAUUUGGUUUCCAGAGUGGUUGAGAGAAUAAGAGAGAAACCUGGCUAUAACUUCACAGUCUUGCCACCUAUGGCCUUCUAUCCUGUUGAUUGGAUUAGGAUAAACAGACUUUUUCAGAAGCCAGCAAACGCAGGUGAUUCUAUAUGGGUACAAGCCAAGCUGCUUCGGCUCAGUAGAGAGACCUAUGGGAUACACCUAUGGAACAAGCAAACUAGAAAUUUGAGAAUUGAAGAAGGAAGUGUCAUGGGAAGACUAAUCUUAGAGCAUUGUAUCCUUUGCCAACACAUAUAUUAGUUCUUCAAGGAGGAUCUUGCUGAUUGGUAUUGCGUGAAUUAACUCUGGGACACAAACUAGUAUGCUCCGAAAACUGCCACUGUAUCACUGCCCCCACAAGGUAUAGUCUUUAUCAUAGGUGAGACUCUGUAAUCCUCCAAAAACUGUGCAAACUAGUAUGCUCCAUAUCAAAUAAUCUCCUCAAAAUGUGCUUCCAUCUUUCCUCAAUUCUAACAAACUGUUACUUCUCCGGGAGGAAGAAAACGAAGAACACAAAGGAGCUGAAAAAUACAAGGAAGAAGAAGAUGAAGACAAAUACAAAGAUUUCUGGUACUCUAGAAUCUGCCUGAUCCUUUCUUAGUCAAUGAAGGGAGAAGCCUCUUCAUUUUUCUCUUCUGUUAUCUGAUAUCUAUAGAAUAUGGCUUGAAUUAGGAGUUCGACUCCUUAUUGAAUUUGGAUAAGAAAUGAAUUUUUUU